AUGUUCUACAUUGGGCUAGCUCUGAUUAUUGCCAUCGAUGUCCUCCUGGUGUUUUAUACCAAGAGGACAUUACAGAUGUCGGUUUGGGGAAAUCUCCAAAAACAGCUUCAUUUGCCUUUGCCUGAAUGGAACAGGACAGGGAUAAAGAGACUCUCUCACAUUGAGGUGGAUUUACAGCAUCUGAAAGAAAGUAUGAAAUCAGCCAUGAAGCAAGAAGAAAACAUGGACCACACAGCAGUGAGGGUGAAAUAUGAACAUCCUAUUGAAAAGGCAUUGAAAGUCAAAGCAAGGGAGACCAGGAAGCACAAACCCAAAGAGAUACUCUUCCCAAACUCACAGCUUUUCAGGCAGUGGGGUAAGGAUCUUUCUGAGGUCCAGCAGAAAAAGGCUGAGGACCUUUUCCAGAAGUUUGGUUACAACGUUUACCUCAGUAACCUGUUGCCUUUCAACCGCAGCAUCCCAGACACCCGGGAUUCCAGGUGUCUUCAGAAGACGUACCCUUCACAACUCCCAUCCCUUGGUGUCAUUCUCAUAUUCAUGAAUGAAGCUCUGUCCAUUAUACAACGUGCCAUCACUAGUGUCAUCAACCGCACCCCCUCUCAGUUGUUAAAGGAGAUCAUCUUGGUGGAUGAUUUUAGCUCAAAUGGAGAACUAAAGACACGCUUGGAUGAGAAGAUUAAGCUUUACAACUGGAAGUACCCAGGACUACUAAAAAUAAUUCGACAUACGAAGAGAGAGGGUCUUGCUCAAGCACGCAACACUGGCAGGAAAGUGGCCACAGCUGAUGUGAUUGCCAUCUUGGAUGCUCAUGUUGAAGUGAACGUUGGGUGGGCAGAGCCCAUUUUGGCUCGGAUUCAGGAAGACCACACUGUGAUUGUGUCUCCUGUGUUUGAUAAUAUUCAUUUUGAUACCUUUGAACUGGAAAAGUAUGCAUUGGCAGUUGAUGGGUUUAACUGGGAACUAUGGUGCCGCUAUGAUCCACUGCCAAAGGCCUGGUUUGAUCUGCAUGAUGCCACUGCUCCAGUAAAGAGUCCUUCCAUCAUGGGCAUCCUGGCUGCCGACAGGAUCUUUCUGGAAGAGAUUGGAUCUCUGGAUGGUGGGAUGCUGGUCUAUGGAGGAGAGAAUGUGGAACUCGGCUUGAGGGUGUGGCAGUGUGGAGGGAGAAUUGAGAUCUUACCCUGCUCCAGGAUUGCUCACCUAGAGAGACACCACAAGCCCUAUGCCUUGGAUCUGAGUCUUGCCUUGAAGCGUAAUGCUGUGCGAGUGGCUGAAAUCUGGAUGGAUGAAUACAAACACAUGGUCUAUUUGGCCUGGAACAUCCCUCUACAGAACUCUGGAAUCAAUUUUGGAGACAUUUCUUCCAGAAUGGCACUCCGGAAGAAACUGAAAUGUAAAACUUUUGACUGGUAUCUGAAAAAUGUUUAUCCAAACCUGAAGCCAAUUCACAACAUUGUGGGCUAUGGAAGAAUGAAAAACACGUUGGAUGAAAAUAUCUGCCUGGGUCAGGGACUUGUCUCAAGCAAAACCCCUGUCAUGUAUUACUGUCACGAAUACAGUCUGCAGAAUGUCUACUAUCACCUAACUGGGGAGUUCUAUGUGGGACCACUGAUUGCAGAGGCACACACUGAUGAUCACUGCCUGACAGACCCUGGCAAUGGGGAGAAGCCCACUUUAGAGCCAUGUUCCAAGGCAGCCCAAAACAGACUGCAUGUAUAUUGGGAUUUUAAACUGGGAAGAGCUGUCAUGAACAGAGCCACCAAGCGAUGUCUGGAGAUGAAGAAAGACACUUCGGGCAUCUAUGUGCUUGUACUUCAGAACUGCACCACACAAGCGUGGACAAUACAGUAUACCAUGCGAAACUGGGGGUCAAACUAA